UCCGCACCACUUCCUUCCGGUCGCAGCAGCCGCGGGACUGCGCGGUGCCGCCCCCUGAGUACCUCGCCCGCGAGCGCGGGUACCUGAGGGUGGGUGGCGGGGGCUCCACUGGACACCGGGACGUCAGCGAGUCAGUACAAGACGCGCCUCUUCGCCAUGGGUCCUCUUACGGCGCGGCUGCUCAUGGAGCGCGGGCAACCCAGGAGCGACCGGCUGGGGAAGAUCCGGUGCCUGGACUUGUCAGGAAUGGAGCUGCUCUCCGAGCACCUGGACCCGAAGCUGCUGUGCCGCCUGACGCAGCUGCAGGAGCUUGACCUCUCCAACAACGAACUGGAGACACUGCCAGCCAACCUGGGCCUGUCCCACCUGCGCAUCCUCCGCUGUACCAACAACCAGCUAGAGGAUGUCACCGCCUUGCGCCAGUUUCCAAAGCUGGAGGAGGUGAGCCUGGAAGGCAACCCCUUUCUGACGGUCAAUGACAACCUGAAGGUCUCCUUUCUGCUGCCCAGUCUGCGGAAGAUCAAUGGCAAGGAUGCUUCCUCAACUUGCUCCCAGGUGGAGAAGCUGAACCGGGAGCUGACCAACAGGGUUACAGCUCACUGGGAGAAGUUCAUAGCUGCCCUGGACCCUGAAGAGAAGACUGAGAAAAUCCAGGCGGAUUUUGUGAGGUCUGCCCUUAGGCAUGUACGCUAUGGACCCGAGUCCCUCAGCGAGUUCACCCAGUGGCGGGUGCAGAUGAUCUCUGAGGAGCUGGUGGCUUCCGGUGGAACAAGAGUGAGUGAUGCUGACAUCCCAGAGAAGUCGCCAGGAGUGGCAGCUGCCUCCAGGCCCAGGGCCAGGCUAGCAGCCAUGAAGCGCCUGGACGACUCGCCCCUCAACCUCUCUCCCAUCAAGCGGGUGUGUGCCUCCCUGCCAGCCCAGGUGGAGGACAGCCAGGCUGGCCUGCAGAUGGAGCCCCUGUACUUUCUGCAGUGCCACAGCAGGAACAACAGUCCUCAGGACCUGAGGACCCAGCUGUGGGCCUGUGCCUUUGAGCCAGCCUGGGAGGAAGGGUAUUCAGGGUCCAUAUCCCAGACGGUGGCCACGUGUGGUGGAGAGGCCGUGUGUGUGAUUGACUGCCAGACGGGCAUUGUCCUCCACAAGUACAAGGCGCCUGGGGAGGAGUUCUUCUCAGUGGCCUGGACAGCCCUGACGGUGGUCACACAGGCCGGCCACAAGAAGCGCUGGAACGUGUUGGCAGCAGCAGGCCUUCGAGGCCAGGUCCGCCUCCUACACGUGCGCGCCGGUGUCUGCUGCGGAGUCAUCCGGGCUCACAAAAAGGCCAUCGCCACCCUCUGCUUCAGCCCCACCCAUGAGACCCACCUCUUCACGGCCUCCUAUGACAAGCGGAUCAUCCUCUGGGACAUCGGUGUGCCCAAUGACAACUACGAGCUCCACGCCAGUCAGCUCCUCGCGCUGGACUCCACCUCCAUCCCCCUGCGCCUCUGCCCUGUCGCUUCCUGCCCCGAUGCCCACCUGCUGGCUGGCUGUGAGGUUGGCUGCUGCUGCUGGGACGUGCGGCUGGAUCAGCCCCAGAAGAGGAGGGGGUGUGAGGUGGAGUUUGUCUUCUCCGAGGGCUCCGAGGCAUCGAUAAAGAGAGUGGACGGGCUGGCGUUCGUGAACGACGAUGUCGUGGCCUCCAAGGGGAGCAGCCGGGGCACCAUCUGCCUGUGGAGCUGGAGCCAGACGUGGCUGCACCGGGGUAGCAAGUCCUCAGUGGCCGUGGUUGUCCUGGCUCGGCUGCAGUGGUCACCCACGGAGCUGGCCUACUUCUCGCUUAGCACCUGCCCUGACCAAGGGAUUGUGCUCUGCGGGGACGAAGAGGGCAGCGUGUGGAUCUAUGACGUCAGGCACAUCCUGAAGUGGCCGUCUCCAGCACCAGCAGCCCCGCAGGCCCCCACACAGAUCCUUAAGUGGCCACAGCCAAGGGCCAGCGGCCAGCCAGUGACCAAGACCAUGGUGAACAUGGUGGUGGCCAACUCUGCCUUCACCUACCUCACGGCUCUGACGGACUCCAACAUUGUAGCCAUCUGGAGGAGAUGUUAGCAGGGCGGGAUGCCUGCCUCUUCGGCACAGGACCAGGGACACAUUAACUUAUUUAGUGUGUGGCUAAUGAUGGAGCGUUUUUUUAUCAGCGAGUAUUUUUAUUAAAUUUUCUGCUACGGCCAA